CCUUUUCCUCGAUCCCAGCACGCAAGCAAGCGGCCGCCUUACCGACAGUCAAACCCCAUCGAAAAAAUAACAUUGCAUAGUUUGAAUGGAGGAAGGGUAUGAAUCAGAGCCGAAUCAGGGGGCGAUCUGUGUGUGUUUUUUGUCAUAUCUUCGUGAGGGAAUUGAGGGCAGUUUAGAAGGCAGUGUUGGUGAGGAGUUGAAGACGUAGUUGCAUCAGACUUCGGAGCUUAGUAGCAAAGUGAAAGGUUCCAGAGAAAUCCCAGUAAAACUUUUGGGUCCCUCCGAGAUGGUGGCGUGGUGUGCGAGACGCGCCUGCGAGUUUCUAGGCUAGUUUCGGGAACCUUCCCUGUCGAUUUUGGUGGAGGACAAGCGUGUUGGCACUUUGGAGGUCAGUUGGAGGAAUUGGGUUUUUUCGUUUCUUCUAUCUGUUGGGUCCGAUCGCAUGGUGUCGGGUUGUCGUGAAGAGUACUUCUAUUGCAGAUCAUCCCUCUCACAGCAUUACAGAUUGUUGUGAAAUCGUAGCCGGCAGAAUUAUUUCAUCUUUGGAAUUGUACUGGCGCAAUGUAUCAGUACGAUCCAUACGGGUACCAGGCUUACAAUAACCCACAGCCAGAGCAUUAUGCUCCUCCGGGUUUGCCCCAACCGUCUCGUCCUUCUACAUUGACGGAUCCAGCUUACUCCUAUUCAGACCAGUAUGCUCCCUAUCCUGGUUAUGACUCACAGUCUUAUGGGUCUCAGCUCAAUUCGUUUCAACAAAAUUAUUAUCCCUCCAAUUCCCCUGCCACUCCAGAGGACUACUCAGCGCCUUACGCACACUCUUCCUCUCUCCAACAUUCUAGCUCUUACAAUUAUCCUCACUCAGAGCAGCAGCCUACUUCAUCUCUUUCUCAUUCUGCUGCUAGUCAGUAUCCACCUGCAGCGCCUCCCGACUCGAGUUUUUACCCUGGUGUCUCUAGUGGACCAUACACUACCACUCCUGGUGAGAGUACGUCAUGGACAUCUAAUUUCGCGAGUCUUCUUUCCAAGCCGGAAUCAGUCAAGCAUGAUGAGCCACAUGGAUGUCAUUCUGUGCCUAAACCAGAUGAUAAGAAGGAAAAUAUCAGUUUCUCUGUGAACGAAGCCCAGGCGAUAAUCAGGAAUUUGAAGGAGACAAAUCACGAUCUCAAAUUGCAGUUGUCAAACUCAAGGGAUGCAAUCAACAAGGUAGCUAGUGAGAAAGAUGCUAAGAUUCAAGAGUUACAAAGAGAGCUUGAUGCUGCUAAAAGGAAAAUCUCUAGCCACGUCCCUGUUGGUCCUCUGGAAGCGAUUGCAGCUUCUGAAAGAGAGUGGACGCAGAGACAGUCGUUGAAGGAGCAGGAGAACCGAGAGCUUCUUGCUCAGCGUGAACGUGACUGGGCAGUAAAACUUUCAAAUUCGGAUCAAGAAAUUUCUGCUUUACGUAUCAAAAUUGCUAAGCUGGAAUCAGAUACGGACAGUAGGCGUGUAUUGUUACUAGAAACCAAUGCUGCUCAAGAGGCAGAGUUGAUCAAACUGAGAGAAGUUGCGAAGCAUCGUGAGGAAGAGCUCAUGAGACAGAAAGAGGAGAUAGAGAAGCGGGAGCAGGAGUUGAUGAAAUUGAGGGAUGAGACAAAUAAGCUUUACGAUGAAAUCACCCAGAUGGUUGAUGAGAAAGAAGCUAUCUCACUCUCCAUCACGAAACUUGAAGGGGAGAAAAGUGACCUUGAAGAACAGCUCACCCAGUUGAAGCAGAGCUUCGAUGAGUUAAUGGCCAAAAGCAACGCCACUGCUGACGAAAAAAAGGACCUGUUAAGAAGUAACACAGCUUUAGAAACGGCGCUCGAGGAGUGUAGGAUGCAAAUUGAAACGUUGGAAAGUGAACAGCUGCCAACUCUGAAUUCUCAAAUAGAGUUGUUGAAUACAUUGCAUGAAGAAGCAGAGGAUAAGAUCGCACAAUACGAGAAUAAGAUCACACAAUUGGAGAAUGAGCUUGAAGAUGCUGUAAACGCUCGUGAAAUUGCGGAACGGAAGCUCGGUGACGCUGAGCAGCGGGAGAUGGAAACCAGCCUUCGGUUAGCUGGAGAGCACAGGUCCGCUAUAGAGGAGAUCCAGAAAUUAAGGUUUCAGCUGGAUAGCCACGUAUCAGACACAUCAGAUAAUGAGAAACUUGAAUCAGAGAAGCGGAGUUUAGAACAGAAACUUGCCGAGGUGGAAGGCGAAAAGAAGAAAGCCCUGGAUCGUAUCUCUGAUCUAGAAGAGUCACUCAAGGCUGUCACAGCAAGGAAGGACGAACUAGAUGAGGAACUUGCAAUUAUGGAAGAGACUAUGGAUAGAGAGGCCCAAGAGCAUGAAACUGUUGAAAAAGAUGUCAAGUUGAAAAUUGAGAAGCUUGAAAAGGAAGUUUCGAUCCUGACUCGCGACAAAAACGAUACAGAAAAACUCUUACAUGCUACAGAAGAUAUGUUGAGGUUAUUGAAAGAAGAUAUCUCACAAAAGCGUGAAGCUGGCACAACAGCCAGAGGAGGUGAAGAUUUAGAUGAAGAAAAGGCUAUGCUGAUGGCUAAAUUUGCGGAACUUGAAAAAGAUAAUGUGCUGAUGAACGACGAGAUUGCAGAGCUGCAGGAGAAAGUUGAGGCUUUAGAAAAUGAAAAUGAACGGUUAUACAACGAAAUUGACGGCAUGAAAGAAGAUCUCGCGAAGGCUGAGAGUGAGGCAAUCGCUAAAAGGAGAAUGGAACGGGAGAUCAAGGGGCUUAAGUUUGAUCUGGCCAAGGGUGCGGCAAAGAUUGAAAAUUUUGAAGUUGAAAUUCAAGCUCUCAAUUCACAAAUUGAGGUUCUCAACAAAGAACUGCACGAUGCGAAUGUCAAGAUGUAUGACAUGGAAGAUAAUCGGAGUGACUUGGAGCAGCAGUUUAAAGAGUUGUUAAAUGACAAAAAGAACGCAGGUGUAAAGGCAGCCCAAUUGGGUGAAGAACUUCUGAAGAAGGAGAUGGAGAUCAAAGAGAUGAAAGAUCAAGUCAGAGACAUCAGCGAUAAGUUUUUGAAUGUCGUGGCUGAAAGAGACGACCUUGAACAGGCCAACAGACUACUUCGCAACAAGUAAUCUGGCAAAACCACGUCAUAGUCGCACUGGAGCAAGGUUUUGAAUUUGUAAACAUCUGUAAAUGAUCUUGCUGCUACCAAUAACAUUGCAUAGUUUGAAUGCAGAAACUCUUUUUGGCCUGAUUCAUUGCAACUGUACAGCUAAGGAUACAGUGAAUACAUCUCAUAGAUAAAUGCAGCCAAGCUAUCAUUAAGCACGUAUUGCUCGGCAAACCUCGAUGAUGAUCUCAAUUGAAUUGUUCAUGUUAUCAGAUCAUGGAUCUUGAUGAUGA